AUGGCUCAAGAUCCCAAAACAACUUCAUCUUUGCCACGCGAAGGAGGAUCAACAUUACUCCGACGGAGCUGUCACGAUUGCAACCGCAGGAAAGUACGGUGUAACAAGUCCUUGCCGUGUGAUAAUUGCGAGCGCUUGGGCUUCGAAUGCUCCUAUCCACCGCCUGGCCGUAAACCUCGGAAAAUAAUCAAGAAAGCAUCGAACAAGACUGAGUUGGUUUCCAGGUUGGGGUUUUUAGAAGAUCAAAUCAAGAAACUUGGUGGUAAGGUCUUUGAAGAGGACUCUCCGGAUGCACCGCCAGCACAGAACAACGAUGUCGAUGUGCAGGAGAGCCGUGCAGUGCGCUCAUGGCUCGACAAGCAGAGUCCUCGUGGCGGAGUCAGCGAUCAGCCAGGGGAGGUGAAUGAGAAUGAGUUGGAGAUCAGCAAAGAAUCUGUUUCGCCUAAAGCGUCUUCCAGUACGCUGGAGAAUCAGUUUGGACGCCUUGUCGUGGAUCGAAAUAGUGGAACGAGCCGCUAUGUGAAUCAUCGAGUCUUGACAGAGCUUGCAGAUCAGAUUAAAGAAGUCCGAGAUCUUUUUGAUUCGCCGGAAUCACCAACAUUGUCGGAGGAAGACUCCUGGACGUCAGUGUCAGCAGCAGAUCAACCUGACGUGUCAAGUCCUUUUAUAUUCGGCUACCAUUCUGUGGCCCAUUCACUCACCAACUACCACCCGCCGCCAAUCAUCAGCCAUCUUCUUUUCAACGCUUUCCAAGAGAAUGUGGCACCUAUAAUUCUGAUCAUCCACAAACCCAUGUUGAAAGAACUGCUCAAAACAGCGAUCACCAACCCUGAAGAUUUCGAUAAAGAGUCUGAGGCUUUGGUCUUUUCAAUCUAUCUAGCUGCAAUCUACAGUCUGUCACCAGAAGCAUGUCUUACACAGCUAGGGACAGAUCACGUUACAAUGACCAAACGAUAUCGAUUCGCUGUCGAGCAAGCGCUAGUGCGAGCAGGAUUCCUCCACACUCGCAAGUUGGUCGUGUUGCAAGCAGCAGUUCUUUUCCUGGCCUGUGCCUGUGAUCCUCAAGAUGCACACUUUGUCUGGACCAUGAUCGCCGUGGUUACUCGUCUAGCCUUGAGCCUGGGCCUGCACCGAGACGGCAGCCACUUCGAGCUAGGACCGUUCGAAACAGAAAUGCGGCGCCGAUUAUGGUGGUACAUAUAUCUCUUGGAUGUGCGAUCGUCUGACUCUCAAGCGACAAGCCCUCAAAUCCGGGAAGGGGACUACGAUACCCUAUUACCAUUGAAUGUCAAUGAUGAUGAUCUGUCGCCUGGCAUGGCGGAGACACCACUGGAACGAACUGGGUUUACAGAGAUGACCUUGACCUUGGUCAGAUGUGAGAUCCUCAUAUUACAUCGCAAACUGAUGCAAUCCAACAAUGUGGUCAAUAAUGAAGGACAUAAUGUGUUAUUCCAGACCCGCCUCCAGGCAAUAGAAGAGACCUGCAUCGCCCUCGACGAACGAUACCUCCAAUACUGCGACCUCGAGAUCGCGAUCCACUGGGUAACCGCAACAAUCGGGCGGGUAGCUCUCGCUCGCUCAUGGCUUGUCUCACACUUCUCAUUGAUGACGGUCAAGGGAUUCCAAAGAGGCCUCAUCCCCGACAAAUGCGAUCUCCUCAUCUUCACCGCAAUCGAAGUCCUCGAAUUUGUGUAUCUCCUCGAAUCUCACGAAAACACCACAAAAUGGUCCUGGCUGUUCCAGGGAUAUGUACAGUGGCAGGCGUUUGCAUUUGUUUUGUCGGAGCUUUGCGUGCGCCCAACGUCUUCUUUGUCGGACCGGGCGUGGGCUGCUGUGGAUCGGGUUUAUGAACGGUGGCAUUCACCGAUGGGUAAUCGGCUUGGGUUGAUGAUGCGACCUUUGGAACGUCUUCGGAAUCGGGCUGCUGCUAUUCGAGCUCAGUAUUCUGAUCAAUCGAGGGGGAGUAUCGCGGUUCCCAACUUGGACUCUGAUGUGGGUGAUUUGGCUCCAGAUAUGGCCAAUCCAACAGACAUCCAAGCAGAUCUAGAGCUAGAAUCCCUUGGUAUUUUCAUGGACGUGGUGAAUACCAUUGGGUUAUAG